CAGUUGGUUGGAAGGAAGUGCUUGCCGAGCCCUUGAUGAAUAUGUGCAAGAGUGGCUUGAUCUUGGUGUUAAGUAUAUUGGUGGUUGUUGUCGGACAUAUCCACAAGACAUCGCCAAAAUUGUUGAGCAAGUAGAAAAGUGGAAACGAUCACAUGCUACUUGAUUUUUGCUGCAUUCAGGUUUUUAAGCAAGAGGUUUUUUUAACGUAAUUUAUCUUGCUGUCCCAGGAAUGGUUGCACAUUUAAGUUUUUUAGAACAAUACAGUGAUAGAUAUGCAUUGGGAGUUAGGUGGGGUACCUAAGAUACACAAGCAGGUAAACCACUUCUUUUCCCUUUGUAGGUCUAUCUGCUUCAAUAAAUACUCUUAACUAUUUGCCUUAUCUCUAAAGUGCCUAUCCUGCAUUUUUUGUUUUAGUGUGGGGAUUAGUGCAUAUAUUUAAUGAUUAUGCAUAUAUUUAUUAUUUUGCGAUUUGAACAGAAUUUGAAGAAAACAAGGUUUCUCAAAACUGCUCUUUUGCAUUCAACAUUUGCCCUCUUUCUCAUUUUAUUUUGUAUUUUCCAAAGUGCAUGAUCAGCUUGAUUGUUGUGAAUGUCAUCUAAAACUCACAUUGACCUCUUCAAGGGCAGAGCUGUUGGGCCCACAGAUUUUACAGCUGUUUUAUAUCUUCUGAGGUAUGUGAUUGCAGUCUCUUUUGCAUCCCAGUUUAGUGAUUUUCCUUUCUUUCAUGUUGUAAAUCUGCCAAGCAUUAUUUAUCACUGCAUCUAUGAGCCACGUCAAUAUUGUCUAGUAUCAUUUUUUACCUCUGAUAGAUAUACAAUUCUGAUUUAUAUCUUGAUCCACUUGAUCAGUAUUUCCCAUAUUUCUAUUGUAAAUGCUAAUAAUUACUGGCUGAGGGGCAUUUAUAUGUUUUUUCUCUUUACAUGCUUGAUUGAAGAUUUUCCGAAUUGAUGCAGCCACACUUUUGCUGCAACUGCAACAACCUUUUGUCCAUCAAUUUCCCUAUCAUUCUUUAAGACAAAAUUGCCUCAGCUUCACUCACCUGUUUAUUGCCACUCAAAUUGUACAGCAGACCUUCUGUGUUCUCAUCACCAUGCACGUUCGCAGGCUGUGGUGUAAUUAAAUACCCUCUACCUCGGCAGUAUCAUCAUUACCAUUGAUGCCUUGAAUAUCUUCUUCAAGCAACUGAACUAAUUCUGUGAUAGUCAGUCCAUCUCUAAAACAGUCGAUUUUCCUCAUAUAAAAAAAAAUUCUUAUAAAAAUUCCAAUCUUAUCAAAACUCCAACUAUGGAGAGGCGUGAAAAGCAGUGGAGAAGAACAAGUGUGACAUAUACGUCACAGUGACUUUUUCACGCCUCCACAGCUUCCCGUAAUAAUAAUAAAAAUUAAUUAACGUAUUUACUUUGCUUUUAGAACUGUCCAUGAGAGACACCAUUGAGAUCAAUUGACUUCAUAACAAUGUAGGCUAUGAAUUCAACUCAUCAAUGAUCAGGGUCCAGGGGGAAAAAAACAAACUUUUUGUGGGCAAGAUCUCACAAUAAACUAACAAACCAGACCCCUCUGUGAAAAGAAUACACUUGCACAGACAUAAAUAUUGAUCUGCAGUGAAAGGAAUUAAGUUCUAUCAUAACUUGUUUACUGUGACGUAUAUGUUGCACCCAUCCUUUCGUCAGGAAGUGGGUUGUGUCGGUGCAGAUUGCGUAUUUGUCUGUUUCAUUCAGAUGCAUUUUCCCAACAACAUACAUAAUGUGUUAAAUGGGUGUAAUUUAUUUGCUUUUCUUUUGUAGGGAACUAAUUUUAAGUUUUAAAAGCGUCUAUCUCCUUACAUUUGAAGAAAUUUUGGAGAACUGAUUUUUAAGUUAUAAAAAGAAGGGUUAUCUUAUAUUCAAGUAAAUAUAGUAAAUUGCAUGAUGCUGUUACUUAUUACUAUAAGAGUUUAUAUACUAGAGUAUAUAGAAAAUGCAGAAUUAAUGGUUGACAAUAUGUCAUGAGCACCUCAUAAAGAUGUUGCUUUUUCUUCUCAGUAUUCAUUUGUUUUCAUUAACACUUUUUUUAAUGUUGCCUAAACUCUUGUUGGUUCUCUAUUGUUCAUCAUACUGAAAUUUUCAUUGCGUUCUACUUUCUUGUAGGAAAUAAUGUUGUAGGGACCAUAAUCGCUGAAGAGACAUAAUAUAAAUCUUUGUAGUUUUGAGAGAAAUACAUUGUUGAAGUAUCUAUACCUUGUUUUCAGGUAUUAUUUUAAUUUUUAUCUACCUAUUAUUUACGUAAAGUAUUCAAAAACAUUUUUUAUUUAUUGAGCAGUAUUCAUAUUUUAGGUUUGUAAAAGUUUAAUACAUAUUUGUCAGUAUUUUUUUGAUGAAAGCCUUUAAUGCAGUGUACAUAAUUUAAGGAAUGUUUCUGCCUACUUGCAGUUGAAUAUAGUUUUUCCCCACAAUUAAAGCUGGAAACUUUCUUUUUGAUGUUAUUGAACUGUUUAUCAUUGAGGCAAUUCAUUCAAUGAAAGUUAUAAUCUUAUUGCUAUGUGCGCCUGAAGGUGUGUUAUGACUGAAUACAUAUCCAAAAUGUCGUGCAAUUUUAGUAAUAUGCAAAUAUUCUCUGUUAAUUUACAUUAAGGAAAUAAAAAUAUUGUUUAGAAAUUAUGUUAUUACUAUUAAAACAGCAUUCUAAAGUGAAGAAGGUAUUAUAAAUUUGUAUUACUGAUGUAUUAUACACUGAAGUUUCUUUCAAAACUAUCUUUUGCACAGACAUACUACUUGCUUUUUUGAAUAAAAGAUUAAAUAUUGUGCUUUGGGUCCAUGGAAGCACUGGUUUUAUUUUUAAAUGUAUUAUGUGUCGUAAAUCAGAAUGUUAAAAAUGUUCCUUGUGUCUUGAAAAAAUGUAUUAGCAUUUUAUAGAUUAAACAUGUACUAAAUAUGUAAUCAUAAUUGCAUACUUAUGUUUUCAAGAAGUUGUAAAUGCUCUAUGCAAGUUAUCCAUGUGUUGUCUGGAAAUGACAUACUAUGAUACUCCUUUUAUUAGUUUUAAAAGAAAGUAGAAAUUUACUGAUAACAUUCUGAUUUAAAUCACCAUAAUUAAGAUUUCAAGAAUCGCUUUAUGUAUGUAUGGUUUUUAAAUAUUAUUUUCUGGUGCUAUUUUCUAGAGAUAGGAUUCUACACUAAUUAUAUUUUUUUAGUUUGAUUUUCUUCAAGAACACAAUUUAAUUAUGAUUUUGAUGAUUUCAGGCUGUGAAAUGUAUGUCAAAUAGGCAAUUGACUAAGAUUUCUCAAAGUGCACUAAAAACUUAAUCCACAUUUCUUAUUAGAUCAACACUGACCUGUUUGCUUUAGCAAUUCUUUGAUCUUUUUUUCAUGUUAUCAGUGCACAAGAAUAGUGUCUUAUCUCAGAAAAAUAUAUCUUUGUGGGAGAACAGUUUUAACUGUGUAUGUCAUUACUUGUAAAUGCUAGCUCUGAAGUGGCCUAUCUCUAUUCAGAUUUUACUUGUCGAAAUAUCCUUUUCUUCAACAAUAUCUUUAUUUAACAAAAAAAUUAUGAUUUUUGACAUGUCUAUUUUUUUUAUGCACCAACAAUGUGUCAAAAUUAUACCUUGUUUAAUCUUUAUGCACUGAAAUUUGAAAUAGACACUUGAAGGUGCAGACUGCAUUUUGGUGCUUAGCUACUUCUUUAUGUAUAAAAAUGUACAUAAGAUUGAGUAUAAAAUUAAUAUUGUUUGAAUUAACGUAAUUAAACGUUUGAAAAGAGUGAAAAUAAUGCUGUUUUCCAUUUCUUUUCUUUCCCCACAUGCAUUAUAGAGCUUGAAUUUUUAAUUGUUAAAAAACUAUGUAUUUUCUAGCUAAAAGAUGUUGUCAAAUCAGGAAUCUUUUGAGUAAGGUUUCCUAAAAACAAAAUACUUUUUCUAAACUGUUGGCAUCUACAAUAUUGCCAAUAUUUUCUCCGUUACUUUCUCUUUUGAGUGGGGACCCCACAUCUCAGCUGCCGUCUAUCAGAGUCUAGGGUGCCCUGUGGUUACUACAGUUUCCCUGGGGACAAUUUUCAAUGAAGAACCCCCUCGCACUCUCCUCACAACACAUUACAGUAGCCCUUAGGUCGAUCUCUGUCAUGUAUCAUAACAUGUAGGCUGCAUGUAGGUCCAUCUCAAUGAUAGAUUUUGGUGUAGGGAGCCAUUUCCUCAACACAAAUGUGCGUGCGCAGAAAUUUCGCACUCGCAUUAGUUACAAUCGGGCAAGGGAUUACUGAAGGUUUAAGAUGUGGAGGUAAUUUGUAAGAAGCUGGGACUGCUCUCGUGCCACGGACAAUUCAAAAAGCUUAUACACGGAAUUUGAACGUACCCCUUAGAACCCUGUGCUUCAGCUAUGUUUCUUUAGUUUUAAAAUCUACUAAUACCAAUUCCCGUUGUACUCACUACCCACCAAACUAUUCUAAAAAUAAUAAUUUCACUUAUUUCUACAUUACUAAAAAUUGCUCUCAUUUACCUGACUUUUCAAACUUAAUAUUAAAUAUCGUUCAAUAAAUAAUUUCUUCCAAAAAUUACAAAUCUAAUUAAAAACAACCUUCCAAAUUUACUUCAUGGCUAUUAAUGUAAAUACUAUAACCCAAUGAAAUUGGAAAGCAAAUGGUCUAAACAGACAGAAAAAAUAUAUUUCAGUAUUUUUAAAGGAAAGUAAUAUAGCUGGUAUUAGUGAAAUACAUUUAAUACCAGCAGAAAAACUAUACAUACAAGGUAACAAAGUUUACAGAAAUGAUCAUAUCUCUGCACAUACUUCUGAAGGGGUAGUUAUACUUGUUAAAACUCAUACCUUAUCAAGAAACAUUUUUUCCUAUUUCGCUUAAUUUAGAAUGUAUAGCAUUAGCUAUCAAUAUCAAUAACAGAUUUUAAUAUAUACGCAGCAUAUAAACCACUUAAUAAAAUAUUUUCAAACCCAGUUUAUAACG